UAAUGGCAAGGCCAACGCACAACUUGCAGCUCUUCCGUUAUGUAUAAGCAGCCACCAUGGUCGUCUCAGUACAAACGCCUUCUGUCUUCUCAGCUUAGUGUCGUCCCUCGCAAAGAACCAGCCACCGCCGCUGCUUUCCGGCCUCCGCUUCCAAGUAUCGUGGUCUCCGGCGUCGACGGAAGCAGCAGCAACAUGAAGCGCCUCCUCAGACGGCUCUCCCGGGUGGCCGCGGCCGACGCAUGCGCCGCCGCCGCGUAUCAGCCGCUCCGGCCCGACGCGGCCGCGAAGGCCUCCUCCUCGUCGUUCUACGGCGCGCGGAGGCUUGGCCGCGGCGCGCGCGUGCCGGAGGGGCACGUGCCGGUGUGCGUCGGCGAGGAGGGCGGCCCCAUCGAGCGCUUCGCCGUGCGGGCCGAGCUCCUGGGCCAGCCGGCGUUCAAGGCCCUGCUCCGGCGCGCCGCGCAGGAGUACGGCUACGGCCACCCGGGCGCGCUCCGCAUCCCCUGCGCCGUGGCCAACUUCCGCCGCCUCCUCCUCGGCCUCUCCGACCCCGGCUGCCAGGCCACUGACGACGACGACGCCGCGUUCUACUACUAGCCUCCUGGCCUUUCUUCCCCGUUUCACCCUCCUCGUUCGGCUCACAUGGAGGGCUUGAUUGGAAACUGGACCCCUGGCAAAGGCAAAGGGUGAGCGGAGCCAAUCGCCAGCUGCUGCGUUCUGAACGAUAUACCCCUGCGUGGAUGUUGUACAUACGGAAGUCUCACUGGGUUGGUGGAGGGUAGGAGGGGGAUUCUGCCGCAUUCUUCUUCUUCUUCUUCUUCUUCUUCUUCUUCUUCUUCUUGUAGCUAGCUCUAGAUCUAGCUCUGGUAUCUGCAAUGGAGCUUCUUCUUCCUCUUCUUCUGGUAGGGAUUUUGAGGUCAUGACAAGUACAUCAUGUAAGCCGCAAGGUUGGCCUCAUGUGAGUGAAUGGAUGAUUAUGCUACUGCAAAAGCUUGCUCCAAGAUCUGGUGGUGUAAAAUGCAAUGCACUUCAAGUCUUCAACGAU